ACGCUAAACGACGAUGAUAACAUUAUAACUAAAUCAGCAAAUUCGAUCAUGGAUAAGGUCAUUAUGUAAUUCGGUUUUUUAUACUGGCAAUCUACAAUUGACUUUGAUAGUUUUGUGUAAAAAGUCAUAAAUGACAUUUAGUGUGUAAAAUCUAGAGCAUUUGGAAAAUGCGAAAUUAGGAACAGAAUUUCAAAAUUGUCUUAAUUUUUUAUCACUGUAAAUGAAAGACUUCUAAGUUUUUUAAAGUUUAAAUCUAAAUGCCUAUUGGAUUAAGUACCUUUUGGUGAUUCUAUUUUAUUUUUUAUAUAAUCAUUAUUGGAUUAUAUCUGCAUAAAAGAUGGACUUUAGAAUCGAUAAUGAAAUUCUUACGGAUUUUUGAAUUUAGUCCAAUAUUGUAUUGAUCAAACUGAGUGACAUGGUUUUGUGAUUCGCUUAGAGGUGGUGCCUUUGAUUAAAAAUCAAUAAGCAUGCUUUUUACACCAAUUUACAUUGCAAUGACUUUUAUUAAAACUUGGCGUAUCCGUUCAUUUCGAGCUCGACUUUUAGAAUUUCUAAACGGUAACACGAGUGUUGCAUUUUGUAAAGUGCCUGAAAAUGCAGCAGAAACGCCUACUCUUAGUUCAAAACUAUGUACAAAUCCCAAAAACGCAUAUUUAUGUGAUCUACUAGACUACACCAAUGCUUCAAGGAUAUGUAGCAUGAAACCAACUCAGUGUAUAGAAAUCAAUGACUGGGUUUCUUGUGCGGGGGGGCUGCCUUUAGGUUCAGAGGAUGUUACACCGGCAUCUGAAUUAGAUCUUGAAUUACUAUUUGAGUGUGAAAUGGACCCACAUGAAGAUAGCUCAUAUCAUGACAUAAUUCGUUUGGAAACUAUGGGAAAGCCGAUUGCUUGGAAAGCUGGUUCCCAUUUGGCAAUAGUUUUAAAAACUAACAUGGAAAAUCUCAGCAUGGUUGGUUUUCAUUUUGUUGGAGGAGAAUUCAUAAUUGAUCACAAAUUACCAGUUGUUAGGAUACAAACUGUUCAAAUAUCUGGCGAGCCAAACAAAGCUACUGAUUUAUCGAUGAGAGGUCUUCGAAGUGAAAUUCAACACAGUCUAAAACAAUCCAGGGAAGAAUUUCAGUGGCCCAUCCACGCAGCUCUUUUACGUAAAUUAUCCAAAGUCGUCGACAUCAAAUCUGAUAGAAGGAGUAUCGUGGAAAUGAACGGAGGGAGUGACAAAGUUUAUGAUACAACAGUCGGAAGACGAAAUGUUACUUUGACUGAUGUUAGUACAAUAACCACGAAAUCUCUGUCAGACGAAGACAUUAAAGAACCUGAGACUUCUAAAACGCUUCUUAAACCCGAAGUCAAAGUACCUGAAAAAUCACCAAAUACCAUAUCAGAGAAAUUCAUAGAAAAACCACAUAAAUCACCUGAGAAAAAACUCGGUGCAUCCCCUGAAAAGAUUUUAGGGAAGUCACCAGAGAAGAAAAAUUUAGCGCCUGAAGAAGUAGUUGUAGAAAAUGUCACCGUUGAAAUACAACAUAACAUAACACCAAAGAAGUCUAGUUUGAAAUUAGAUUUGAAGAAGGGAACCAGUCAGCUUUCAUCGUCAUUGCUCAACAUAUCGAGUCAAAUCAAAUCUAUAACAACUCAUAAACGAGUAAUAAGUACGACUGCACCGAAGCGGCCUCAGAGUCAAAUGGAGACGACAACUUAUAUACGAGAAGAGACUCCAAAGAGCUCACCGUCUCAAAUGACGCCAAAGUCCACGAAAAGUUCCCGUCCAUUAGUGAAUACUAAAUCACCGAACGUUUUAAUUUAUUCGGAUAGUAUAGUGGCUAGAGACAAUCUAGAAGCGUCUCUGAAGAAAGUUUUAGAUUGCGAUAGAUACACGGUGUACAGCGUGUCGCGCGAGGCGCUGUGCGGCGGCGCGUGGCGCGGGCGCGCGGCGCUGGUGGCGGUGGCGGGCUGCGCCGGCCGCGCCGCGCCGCUGCUGCUGGCGCACCUGCUGGACGGCGGCCGCCUGCUCGCGCUCUGCUCCGACCUGCUGCACACCGUGCUGCCGCACUACAAGACCGCUGAGAUCAGAGAAAAUGAAGUAGUUCAGUUCUCAUAUGAUAAGUGGAAGUCGGUCAAGAUGAAGCACCAUAUAUUCUGCUACCAAGCUUCGCCCGCUAAGAAACAAUUUUCGACUGAGAGCGAUAGACAAGCGAGUCAGGACGCUAAUAUAUGUUGGCCAUCGAAGUAUACGGGCCACCCGGGCCACGAACUCGACAUCCAAGUGUUAGCGUCAGAGGAAACAUGGCGUACUCCAUCCUUGCUCCAGGCUACGGAUCUUACUAAUAGUGGCGUCGCGAUAUUCUCACAGAUACACCUAGAAGCAGAUCCAAGCGACUAUUUGGGCGAAGAGGGUAUCAAGAGUAACGAAGCUAGAUUAGAAAUCCUGCACAAGAUCCUAGGCGACAUUCUAGGCCUUCACGUCAAAGACACCCGAGACCUAGCCCAAGUGGAAUAUACAAAAGGCUAUUUCCUAGGAAACCACGUGCAAAAAAUGUCGCUAGUGGAGAGUUGGUGUCCGGUGGUAGAUGGCAAGCGUAUUCAGAAACUCGACGACUUGACGUUACAGUGGUGCAUGAGAGACGAGACGCCCAUACAACCCCCCUCCGAAACCUUCCUCCCCGUUCACAUGUACGAAUGUCCCGAAAAUUUCUCAACCGUUGAAUACUUUGACAACCUGACGUCGCGGCACGUGGGGCGCGCCCUGCUGUACGCGGACGUGGUGUCGUCGACGGCGGCGUGGGCGCGCGCGGCGCGGGCGCACGGCGCGGGCGCGCUCGCCCGGCGCCAGACGCGCGCGCGCGGCCGCGCCGGCAACCGCUGGAUCACGCCGCCCGGCCAGGCCGCCGUCUCGCUGCAGGUGUACCGGCAGGUGUCGGACACGCUGCCGCUCACGCAGCACGGCGCGGCGCUGGCGGCCGUGCGCGCGCUGCGCACGCUCGCCGGAUACGAGCGGCUGGACAUCAGAAUUAAAUGGCCUAACGAUAUAUACUACGGACGUGAUGUAAAGAUCGGUGGUACCAUCACAACAGCAAAUUGUAUCGGUGAAGAUGUUAUUAUUGAGAUAGGCACUGGUGUAAACAUAUCGAACAGUGUUCCAACAACUUGCGUGAACGAUAUUAUAUCGGAGUACAACAAGACAAACGGGACAACACUAGCGCCGAUAUCGAUAGAGAAAUUCCUUGCUCGAUACUGCUCACAACUAGAGACGGUAUUGGAAACAUUGGACCAAGAAAAUGGCACCGAAGCUUUCUUUGAAAUGUACUAUCAGUAUUGGUUACACGAUGGGGAAGAAAUAAAAGUGAAGAGCUCCGAUGGAAGCAGUCCAGUCGAGGGUACUAUAAGCGGCUUGGAUUCCGCUGGGUGGUUGUUAGUAAAAACCUCCACCGGGGAGAUCAGAGUGGCACCGGAUGGCAAUACUUUCGACAUCAUGAGUGGACUAAUUGCACCAAAGUUUUAAAUUAAUUUAUACAUAAUAAAUGGAUUUGUUAUGGGUUUCAUAAGUAGUAAAGUCUACGUUUAAGGAAAAAUUAAGCAUAAAAUAAACUUAUUUAGGUAACAAUUCGGGAUUAUGAGAUCAUUAAGUAUAAUACUCUUAUCUCCAACAGGAGGUAAGAUUUUUCUGUUGGCAAUACCACGGAUAUCAUAAGUGGGUAAAUUAAAAAACGGUUUUGUAUUCUUUACAAAGCCGAGUUUGUAUCUGUAGAAUAUCUUAUGGAAAUAUGCAAGGUGUGUUUGAAUUCCAUUGUCUGUCGGUCGGUUGUUGGAAAUAUUUGGAAAACAUUAGAAUACACUUAUGCCAAAAUGUAGCGAUAAUUAUCG